GAGCGGCAUGUGUGCACCUGAAUGAAAUGCUGCACUUUGUAGUCAGUACUUACUCCUCUUAGUUCCUUUAGUCAACUUGUGCCUCUCCUUUUAUGACUCACUUUUUCCUCGUAAUGUGGACGGCGUAUAUACUCACUAUUGUAAGUGCAGGGGAACAGCUAAGUCGUCGUUUUUUUCACUGUUUUCCAUAUCUCAGCUCUUAUGAAUGCCCAUUGAUGACUCUAAAUGAUCCUGAUAUGGAAAAUAUAUAAAUGGAUCCAUGAAGUAUUACUGCAUCAUCAGUUAAUCAUCGUUUAUUGGGACACUAUAUACCCACUAUGGGAAUCUACAUCUUCUUCAUUUAAGCAGCAUUAUUGUUCAAAACAGAAUGUGAAGUUCAUCCAAGGGUAUGUCAGAAACCCAAGACCAUGUACUUUAUUAUUUAUUGUCAUAUGAGCUGUAUUAAGGUGAUAUACAUAAAGGUUUGGCUCGGAGCAGGUCAGUCGGGUGAUGUCUUCAUCUCUUUAUAGUGAAGAGGAUGCUCAUCAUGGCCGGCUUAUUACUGCUACAGUUAUUUUCCAGUGAUUCUCCAUUGUAUCACUGAUACUCUCAGUGUUGGUCACUGUGUUAAAGACCUCCCCAGUGCUCUCGGUGUAAAUUUGGUGUCCACAGAUGUGUGCCGUGCACUCUCUUCUGAAUCAUUAAAACUUCAUUUUUCUCCUCUAAGACUUGCAGCUCCUAAUGUAUCUUGCAAAGCUGAGAUGGGAAGAGCAACUAAAAAGUGUCCGGUACAAGGCACCUUCUUUGGAGCUUUUAAAAUAGAUUUGGCACAUUAUUUUUUCUUCUGUGAGAAGAUUGCUGUUCCCCUGCACUCAUCCUCCUUCUCUCUCUCUCUCUCUCUCUCUCUCACUCUUUUUAAAAUUUUCUUUUAAGUGUUCUUCCUCAUCUCCUUGUAGCACUAGCUUUCCACACAUGCCUUGGCACUCAUUCCCUCAGCAUGCCUUGCUGUGUUACCAGUGUCUUCCACAGAAAGUAGCUGGUGGUGGCGCCCCCUUUCUGCGCAUGGUGGCAUCACAGGGUUUUUUUCGACCCAGGAAAUGGCUCUUUUAUCUAGCAUUGAGGCUGUUUUGAUGUGCUUGGUAGCAUUCACCAAUUCAUCUUUUAAAUUGUUCAAAUGUCAGUACUGCAUGAUGCCUGAAGAGCAUGGUUUGAAGUUACUGAAGGCAGUAUUUUGUACUUUUAAUAACUGUUUACUGGUUAAAAAGUGUUCCCUACAUGCUGUGUGGCCUUCUGUAUGAAAAGCAACAAUGUGUGCCAACUGACUAGUCAUGACUACCACUAAAAAAAAAACUGUUGCUCACAUAGUGUGUGUGUGUGUGCGUGUGUGUGUGUGUGUGUAUGGGUGUGCCUUUCUGUUGUUGCUGUUAUGUUUUGACUCUCUUAUUUUACAGGAAGUUCCAUAAGGUCACUGGUUGGACUUAAUUCAAAUGCCUCCAGUGCUCCAUGUUUCCUCUCUGUAUUAAACUUCCUUAAUACCCUUUCUGUUUCUGUAAAACUCACUUAACCCUACUCACACAUCCUCUUUUCAUUUCUAUAUGUUCUCCUCAUUUAGAAGAGGUUUUGGGUCACCAACUGGCAGUCUUCUGAUUAGGCUCCCUCAUCCUCAUAUGAGGCAGCUGCCAUUCCUCUAUAAUUUGAUGGCUGAGCAUUCUGUAUCAUGUUGAAUUGUUUAGUCAUGUUCCCAAAAUAAUCAGGAGUUAUUAACAGACACACCUGCUUUGUGGGUCCCCCAAGGACCAGACAGUUAAUAUGCGCUCUGUACCAGCGGCUUCACAUGCUGACAGUGGUAUUUUUGCUCCAAAUACAAGUGCAUACAAACUGGGAGCAUUUAUUCUGUAUAGGGCUCAAGAUCAGAGUUAGAUUCUGUGUUUUUACGGCCAAAUGUCAGGGACAUAAUGAGGUCUUGUGCAGGAUUUCUCGAGAGAUGGCAUGGAGAGUUUUCCCCUCAGAUGGAUUCCAGGCAUAUAAAGAUUCACAAAUGAAUUCAUUUAUACCAGAGACGGGCGCUGCAUUCAGUACCUGGCCCUUCAAGGGGACUUAACCAGGCCGAAUUGUUCUCGGAAGACACUGUGAGGGCCUGUAUUGUUCAAGGGGACCUAUUAUGCUCAUUUUCGGUGCUGUGUGGACUGCAGUUGUGGACUCCUAUAGAGCAGCUACACACGAUUUCCCGAGUGGUUAGCAUGUUGGCCACACAGUCAGGAGAUUGGGAAGACCUGGAUUAAAAUCUCCACUCGGACAUCUCUGUGUGGAGUUUGCAUGUUCUUCCCGUGCGUGCGUGGGUUUUCUCCGGAUACCGUGGUUUCCUCCCACAUUCCAAAAACAUGUUAGGUUAACUGGCGACUCCAAAUUGUCCAUAGGUAUGAAUGUGAGUGUGAAUGGUUGUUUCUCGAUAUGUGCCCUGUGAUUGGCUGGCGACCAGUCCAGAGUGUACCCCGCCUCUUGCCCGAAUACAGCUGGGAUAGGCUCCAGCACCCCCGCGACCCCCUUAAAGAUAAGCGGCAUAGGAAAUGGGUGGAUGGAUGUUUCCACAACACUCAUUGCAUUAGAAUUUAGUUUCUGAAUUUGUAUGCCACAAGAUGGUACUUAAGACACAAUUUCUUUAUCCACGUGUGAAAUGAGUGGAAUGGGCCACUUACCAUGCAAGCCCCUGACCGGUACAAGACCUCAAGAUAAAUCAGAUUUGUUGGAUUUGUUUAGUUAAAAUGUAUCCAGCGCAGCUCUCGGGCUUAGCAUGAAGUGAACAGAGAUUAGCCCUGACCAAACCAUUGACCUCCUCUGUGAGUUGUGUGCUUAUAUAUAUAUAUAUAUAUAUAUACGUAUAUAACAGCUGUACAUUUUGACAGCAUCACCAGCAGCUAUUUCACAAAAUGUGUUUGUGCCUCUUCUGGCAGGCGAGGCGCUUUUUCCAUCAUUUUCCUGCAGCUAUAGCUUAGCCUGACACACAGAGAAUAGUAUGAACACAUGAGCUGGCUCAGUACAGAGAUUUAAUAAGGACCUAUGCCUCGAUUCACUCUGACAGCUGCGAUGUUGACACCAAUCAGAUGACAUGCACUUUCAAAUGAGGCGCUAUCUGUUAAUUAACUUGAGGACUACAGUAAUGAGGGUUUCAGUCAUUUGCGGAUCACUAAUUUGCGAUAACGCUGCAAUUAGCACUUAAUGCUGACUCCAUUGUCAUUUUUAGUAACUUUGGAUCUGUUUCACCUAAAUUCAAUUCAGGCUCUUUUGUGGGAUUGCUUUGCUCCAUUAGUCUCCCUGCAGCAAAGAAUUCCAAAUGUUACAGCCUAAAAAAGUGUUUCUGGAGUGUCUUCCAUGAUGAUCAUACUGGCACUACAGGAAUCGAUCGCCCCUGUUGUUAACAUGCGGCCCAAAACCCAACCCCUCAUCUUUUUCUUUUAUGUUUUGACUUUCCACUUCCCACUCUCUUUUAUCUAUUUCCCUUACUUUGCCAGCUUUUGUUCCUUGACCCACACCCACACAGGGAAUCACCUCACAGCAUUUUUUCCCUCUCGUUCACCUUUCUGUCUUUUCUUGCUGACUUCCAUCUCCAUUUAUCCUGUGACAGUGAAUGGAUCAAUCACAAUACUGUUAUUGUAGACUCUUGUGUUGGAGAGAGAUACAAAAAUUGGUAGGUACACCUAGAUAAAACAAAUGCACUGCAUUAAAGCAUCCCUUUAUCCUCUGUUAAAUAUCCCUUAAAAGGGUGAUGCUGAUGAUGGACUCACCAUUUGUGGCUCUCUUGUUAAGGAGGGAGAGUGUGUGAAUAUUUAUUUAGCAAAACUGCACACCUUCUGUAUUCUAUACUGUAUUAGUUCUGACUUGUACUCAAUAAAUUGGUUACCUAAGGUUGAGGCAAUCAGUUAUGUGUGGAUGCAUCUGGCUAUGUUAUUCUACUAGAGUGGAUGCCACAGAAUAUUUAUAAUCAAAUGUCCAUCAAAUCCAUACUUAAAAAUACAUACACAGUAAUAAUGUGAUCCACUAAAAUGAAGCUUGGGGCAAUGAUGUGUGAGAGGUGGCAUCCCUGUUUAUUAUUUUGCUUUGAACCAGCUGUUUUGGUGAGCGUAUACGUGUGUGUGAGUGUAUAGGAAAGACAGUAUGAAUACAUAUGCGUGUCUUUGUCGUUCAAGGCCCUGCUAAAGACAGCAGAGGUCACAAUGUUCUCUAACAGUUGUUUCUCCUCCUCCUUCCUCCUCUGAAAUGGACCUCUUACAGACGGAGAAGAUAGCCCAGGAGAGGGAGAAGUUUGCAGAUGAAGACAGCAUUUUUUACUCUCUGGGAGAAUGUGGCCUCAUCUCUUUCUCCGACUAUAUCUUCCUCACCACUGUGCUGUCCACUCCCCAGAGGAACUUUGAGAUUGCUUUCAAGAUGUUUGAUCUCAAUGGUGAUGGAGAGGUGGACCUGGAGGAGUUUGAACAGGUCCAGAGUAUUAUCCGCUCUCAAACGAGCAUGGGCAUGAGACACCGCGACCGCUCCACCACAGGAAACACUCUGAAGACAGGAGGCUGCAGCUCAGCACUCACCACUUACUUCUUUGGUGGAGACCUGAAGGGAAAACUCACCAUUGGCAGCUUCCUAGAGUUCCAGAGGAAGCUGCAGCAUGAUGUGCUUAAACUAGAGUUUGAGAGGAAUGAUCCAAUGGAUGGACGAAUCUCCGAGAGACAGUUCGGGGGCAUGCUGCUGGCCUACAGUGGUGUUCAAUCUCGUAAACUUAAGCAGAUGCAGAAGGGAUUGAAGAAGAUGUUUAAAGAUGCACAGGGCAUUACUUUUGAGGAAGUUGAGAAUUUCUUUACGUUCUUGAAGAAUGUCAAUGAUGUGGACACAGCACUGAGCUUCUACCACAUGGCUGGAGCGUCCAUAGAUAAAGUAACCAUGAAACAGGUGGCCCGCACCGUAGCCAAGGUGGAGUUGUCGGAUCACGUGUGCGAUGUGGUGUUUGCGCUGUUUGACUGCGACGGGAACGGCGAGCUCAGUAAUAAGGAAUUCAUCGCAAUCAUGAAACAACGGCUCAUGCGUGGGCUGGAGAAACCCAAGGAUAUGGGCUUCACUCGCCUUGUGCGCGCCAUGUGGAAGUGUGCCCAGGAUACUGCCUGGGACUUUGCAAUGCCAAAGACAUAAUGGGGACCAAAGGUGACGUGCGAGUGGGAGUAACAGCACCAUUAGAGACAUUUUUCUCCAACAAAUUGAAACAAUAGAAGUGAGACUGCAGCUUUGAGCAGCACCAUUGGUCAUGUUGGUGUGACUCAGGCCAACAGUAAACCUGAACCAUGCAUGAGUUUGUCACGCAUAUUUGUAUAAGAAGCAUAUACAACCUUAUAUUUGUCGCCAUUGUUCAUUGCAUUCAACCGCAUGUGACACUUUGUUAAAUGCUAACAGCAAAUGGAAACUGUUAUGUCACCACUAAAUACUAUUUUUUUUGUGUUCAUAGCUAGCCCCAAGAUACUUCUACCACUCCAAGGAUGUCACUCUCAUAUGUUCAAAAUGUAUAUUCUCCUCAUUAUAUUGCUCACUGAAACACUUUUUAAGAUUAAUGUUAUGCAAAUUAAAGGUUUGUAUUUGAUAAA